AUGGACAACAAGCCUUUGAGCCUUGUCUCCUUCGAGCUGUUUGCAGACAAAGUUCCAAAGACAGCAGAGAACUUUUGUGCUCUGAGCACUGGGGAGAAAGGAUUUGUUUAUAAAGGUUCCUGCUUUCACAGGAUUAUUGCAGGACUUAUGUGCCAUGGUGGUGACUUCACACGCCAUAAUGGCACUGGUGGCAAGUCCAUCUAUGGGGACAAAGUUGUUGAUGAGGAUUUUGUCUUGAAGCACUCAGGUCCUGGCAUCUUGCCUAAGGCAAAUUCUGGACCUAACACAAAUGGGUUCCAGUUUUUCAUCUGUGCUGCCAACACUGAGUGGUUGGAUGGUUGGCAUGUGGUCUUUGGCAAAGUGAGAGAGGGCAUGAAUAUUGUGGAAGCCAUGGAUUGGUUUGGGUCCAGGAAUGGUUAA